AGUUUGGCUGAGGCUGGCCUCCACCUUGCGAUCCUCGUGCCUCAGCCUCCCGAGCCUCUGGGAUGACAGGCAUGGGGCACUGCACCUGACUUUGGCCUCUUUCUAGAAGGGCUCCCGUGGGAUUACUCAAAGGGUCUGCAACUCAUUAAAACAAAAUGUUUUCUGGGAAGUUCUAACGAAUGUCCCUCUCUGUCACCUUCUGGCAAAAACAUGCACUUGACCUUCCACGGCCCCAGGAACAACGAAAAGUACCCUGUAGUUCCACACUCUGGCCACCAGGGGGAGAGCGCGUUCCCCGGAUGGAAGAAGGGACAGGGGACUUCCAGUGACCUGCCAGCCCGGGAUCAGGCGCAGUGGGGGUCAGGGAGCUCCAGUGUAACGCAUUACAAUGUCCCCAGGCCCCUGGAAGUCGCCUGUGAUCUCAGAUCCCUACCUAAUACUUUUGAGUUCCCUUUUAAAAUUAUGGAGGAUUUUUCUGGGUUUUUUUUUUUUUGGGGGGGGGGUCCCAGGGAUGGAACCCAGGGUCACUGAACCCCGGAGCCCCGUCCCCAGCCCUUUUUUCUAUUUUAUUUAGAGACAGGGUCUCACUGAGUGGCUCAGGGCCUCGCUUUGGCGGAAGCUAGCCUCCACCCUGGGAUCCUCCUGCCUCAGCCUCCUGAGCCUCUGGGAGGACAGGCCCAGUCUAAAUCAUCUGGAGGUAUUUUUCAGAAGCGAAGUCAACUUGCUGUCACUUAACCAGAGACCCAGGGUCCCUGCCAUACAAGGAAAGAGACAUGACAGUUGGUCACAGAUAGGACAAGGACACUCUUCAUUUCUGACCAGAGCCAAUUGGUUCCUGAGCGCCCCAGGGGGACAAGGAGGGGUGAGAGGUCAAAGCACCCGUGCUGAGGUGCACAGGGACACGCUGGCGUCUCGCCUCACAAGUAGGGACCCUGCUUGAUCCUUUCAGUUACAGGAGACAAAAGUUCUACGAUGGCUUAGGAGGCUGAGGCAGGAGGAUCGCAAAUCGGAGGCCAGCCUCGUUUUAUUGAAACAAAGAGCCGUAACCUCCUCAAUGACCUCAAAAUCCUCGGCCAGUGGGAGCCUCCGGGGCCGAGCACCUGGAAGACGGAGCCGGCCAGGGACAGGGACAGGUGGGGGGUGUGGCUCCGUUUCGCGGAUGAGGAAAACUGAGUCACGGGAACAACCCGGAGUCUCUCAUCCCAGGGGCCACCUCCUCCAGGAGGCCUCCCCUCCUCCUGGGCCCAGUGGGGGGCCGUCUCUCUCUGGGGCAGGCCCAGCCCCUGAGGUCCUGGUGGUCAGUCCCCUGGGGUUCCCUUCCGUCCCCGGGCACAGGCCUAAGGUCCUGGGGCCACCUCCUCUGGUGGUGAGAGAUAAGCCGGGCUAUUUCCAUCCUUCCCUUCCUGUCACUCAAACAGCAGCCACUGUCCCCUCCUCCCCGGGCUUUGUUACCACAGCCUCCGCCAGGACAGCACAGGCCACAGAGGGGGCCCCGACCGAAGCCCACAGAGCCCGCCUGCUCUGAUGGCUGCCUGGGGCGUCCUUGUCCUGUGCUGGGCCCUGGCCGAGGCCACCCCCGACUGCCCUGUGCCCUGCACCUGCCGCAGCCUGCCAUCCAUGGGGCUGGUCGUGGACUGCCAGGCCCGGGGCCUGGGGACACUGCCCGCCCUGCCCGCCCGCACCCGCCACCUGCUGCUGUCCAACAACAGCCUGAGGUCAGUGUCCCCAGGGGCCCUGGACCACCUGCCGCAGCUGCAGACCCUGGAGGUGGCCGGCAACCCCUGGCACUGCGACUGCCACCUCACCUACCUGCGCCUCUGGCUGGAGGACCGCCUGCCCGAGGCCCUGGAGGACCUGCGCUGCGCCAGCCCGGACCUGGCCACCGGCCGUCCCCUGGGCCACCUGACCGGCUUCCAACUGGGCAGCUGUGGUUGGCACGUCCAGGACACCUGGGUCUACCCCGGGGUCUGGUGGGACGUGGCCCUGGGGGCUGUGGCCAUCCUGGGCCUGGUGCUCCUGGCUCGGCUGCUGUGCGUCUCCACGGAGCCCUGGCCCUAAAGUCCCCUGCAGACCGGGAGGCCAGGAGGCCAGGAGGCCGGGAGGCCGGGAGGCCGGGAGGCCUCAUCACCCCACAAUAAACUCGCUGCUGGGCUCUUUUCUGUCGAGUUCAGAGACUUGCUUUGCCUUCUGGUCACCUGAGUCUGGAUUCUUCUAGAAACUCAGGCUCCGAUACUGAGCGCCGUGGGUCCACGUCGGCCAUUCCAGCAGCUCGGGAGGCCGAGGCAGGAGGAUCGCAAGGUGGAGGCCAGCCUCAACCACUUAGUGAGACCCUAUCUCAAAAAAUUUAAAAAAAAUAAAAUAAAAAGGGCUGGGGA